GACGUGGAUGUCACAUGAUCAGGAGCCUCCUAGAGUAGAAGUCACGCUAGUCUCCUCUGUCUGGGUACCAGCCCCCUGUUACUCUGCAGGCAUGUGAAGGAAGAAGAAAACUAGCUCGGACGCACAGGUCGGUGCAAGGAUCUGUAGAUCGCGGCACAGAUCUCGGCGAGAGAAGGAUCAAACUGCUUUGAUUGGAACCGUGGAGGGACAUGUGAAGACUGUCCAUCUAUCAAUGUAGAAGGAACAGUGACAUCAGAAACAACAGAAGAAGAAGAAGAAAUUCACCUGACUUUGAUUCACUACAAGGACUGCAGACAUCUAGGAAAGCCAAAAGAUUGCUAUCCUGCAUCAUUCAUCCUGGCACUAAGAGACCUCUUUAAUCAGGUGGAAAAAGGCACACUCCCAUCGUGCCCCAAGACUGCAAAGAUUUAAGCAUGGGCCGGGCCCGGGAAAUGGGUUGGAUGGCAGCAGGACUAAUGAUUGGGGCUGGUGCCUGCUACUGUGUUUACAAACUGACCUUAGGAAAGGAUGACAGUGACAAGUCUGAGGAGGAGGAGGAGGAAGAAUGGGGGGAUGACCAAGACCUGGAUGAUGAGGAGUCAGAAAUUUGGUUAGAUUUCACAACUAUGGCACGACCAUGGAACGAGGAUGAGGAUUGGACACAACCUGGGGCCCCGGGUGGCAAUGAAGACAGGCGAUCAGGGGGAGGAAAGGCUAACAGAGCACACCCAACAAAACAGCGGCCAUUUCCAUACGAACAUAAAAAUACAUGGAGUGCUCAAAGCUUUAAAAAUAGCGCUAGUGUGCUUAAGCUCUCCAAGUGUCCUCCCACCCAGGGAAAACCAAUGUUUGCUGAGCCCAAGGAAGCCGUUUUUUCACUUAGCCACGAUGUCAAUAGACAUUUAGUCAACUCAUCAGUCACUGGAGACGCAAUCCCAGCUCCCCACCCCACGGUCAAUGAGAAGGCUUUGUGUGCCCCAGAUAACGUGAAUGGCAGCAUUGAAAAUCAGGGCCAGAUUGAGAUGUACGCCAAUGAGGUGUGUCGGGAAACUGUGUCACAUUGCUGCAACUCAUUUCUGCAGCAGGCUGGAUUAAAUUUGUUAAUAAGCAUGACAGCGAUUAAUAGCAUGCUUGCCAAAUCCUUUUCAGACCUGAUGUUUCCUUUGCUAUCCGAGGGAAGUGGAUGUGCUGCUAAGGUUCAGGUUUUGGAACUGCUGAUGGUUUUGUCUGAAAAGCCAGUCUUGGCGGGGGAGUUGCUGGGUGCCCAGAUGCUGUCCCCCUUCGUGAUAAACAAGUGGAAAUAGAGAGAUUCUCCUGGAAACGCUCGCCCCUUAAGUGGCCAUGUGGAGCACAGUGGGACCGAAUCUUCCCCAACCCCGGUUUGGUUUGCAGAUGUCAAAGAAUCCGCACUGGGUGCCACUGAAGAUUCGGCCUUGGCCAGUCAUCAGUCGCUGGGUGAAAGUUCCAGUCGCUAACUCCAGGACCACACUCUCAUUGGCCAGGCAGGGGCCCCCACAGAGCUCUGGGUAACUAAUUGGUUUUGCAGUCUGCAGGCAAAGUGCACUGUAAAUUGCUCCCUUGCAGCCUUCCUCGGGCUGUAAGGGGAUCUGUAGCCUGCCAGCUGUGGCUAAGGGGCAUCAAAUUACAGCAUCACAGUGCUACUGUUGCCUCUGGUGGUCUCCCUGUCUAAGCAGGACCACUUCCCAGAGACCAGAUCCAUGCGGGAAGCUUGUGCUGAAAAUGCAUCUGCCGCUGUUUAGAUUGAGGUAUUUUUUUCCUUUGCUCUUCUUCUAACACCAGCUGAUGGAUGGCAAAUGAAUCUGUUCAUCCAAAAAGUGCACUCCCCUUCUAUCCGUACUACCGACUGAACCUCCCCCCACAAAGCCUACAUCUGUGUGUAUCGUCAAUAAACUUGUGUGCUCUGGUCGGCAAAACGAA